AAUUUAGAAUAUAAAAGUUUAAAAAUAAUUAAUCCAGGGAUGGAACAAUCGUGGGUAGCAGAGAAAGUUCACGUCCCGAAACUCAGCCACCCAUCACCGACGCUAUAUAAGUGAGUGGCGCUUCCUCGCGCCCAUCAUUACGUAUCGUGCAACACUGCGUCCGGCCGCGUGCUGCACAAUGCAACACUUAUCGACGGCAUUCCUGAUCAUAGCGUUAGUGAUCGUCGUCAAUCAAGGUAGCGCGACGGCACAAGAUGACAUCAUCACGGCAGACCAGAUCGCCGAUGAGGCCAAGAACCGAGCGGUCACUAUAAUCGACGGCCCCAAGUACGUAGAACCCUUCAAACAACCAAUCAAACCCCCGGCAAACCAGACGCAGCCCGAGCAGCGGCCGCCUAGCAAACCGCCUCAUCCGGCACCCGAUAAACAGAAACAGAACUACGUGGAACCGCCACUCAGAUCAUUCCAUCCCGUCCGGCCAAACGCUCCGCAUCUGCGACAAGUCUAUCACAAACCCUCGAACAUUAGACACACCAACUCCUUGUACAGAGUCAUUCCUCUCCAGAGAAACUACCACUAUCCCAAGCAUUCCACCCGCCAACCGCUCGUCUUCGCUGCCUCCACCGGCAGACCCGUUCGCGUUCCGCUACAACCUCCCAAGUUUAGUGUACCCAUCGAAACCAUCAACGGCAUACGCGCCGACGAAGUAAGACCACCGAAGGGCUACGAGCGAAACACCACGACAACUACCACCACAACUACGACCACAACGACCACCCAGAAACCUUUGAGGAACAAAAGAAUCUGGCCUAAAAACUACGAGAAAAAGAACUACAUAUUCCACACCAAAACAACAGCCGUUGCAGGCAACUUUACAACAAAAAAGGAGAAGUUGAACAGCACAAGCACUAACAGCACAGACCUAGAGAUUGCAUCCGCGACUCACUACCGCUUUCGAUACAUCCCCACAAACAGAACGGCACAUUCGACGACGACGAGCGGCCCGCUCACAAUCACGCGUGGCUACCGCCGGUUCACCAGGGUGCCCAACCACACUUCCACCACCGCUGCCUACGACACUAACUACACCAGAAUCGAGCCUAACGAUUGGGUGCCCAUAAUACCUUCGCAUCACCCUAACAACAAACCCAAAUACCGCAAUAAGCGCCGGCCCAUGGCAAAAUUGAUAUCCAUCAGGCGAUCCGAUACCAGCGACGUAGAAUUUACAAGUCCCGAGGAAAACCCCGAUAUCAAUGAGAUCGGACCUGAUGAGACCAAUAAGCGCACAGUUUACCUUCAACCCUUCAGGCUUGUUCCUGUACCGGCGCAGGGUCACGGACUGGUUAACGGGAGGAAAAAGAUGGUAUUAUUCCGCAAGCGGCAGCGGCCAUUGAACAUGCAUGUCUUUCCUCGUUACAGCUCCAAGCCCGGCGUGCAGCCGCACGCCCCGUACGCUCUGGGGGACCUCCACCCUGACGCCAGCCACCAGCCGCGCGUCAUCACCAGGAUCAAGCACCACCAUCACCACCACCACCACAGAUACAUCAAAACCGUCGAGAAACCCAUCAAGGUUCCAUAUAAAGUCGAAGUGCCGAAACCUUACCCAAUCACAGUGGAGAAAAAAGUUCCCGUAGCCGUAGAAAAGAUCAAAAUCGUGGAGAAGCCCGUGCCGUAUCCGGUGCAAGUGGAGAAGAGAGUCCCCUACCCGGUUCAAGUACAAGUGCCCCAUCCGGUUCCAUACAAAGUGAUCGAAAAGGAGUACGUUCCGAAACCGUAUCCGGUAUAUCAUCAAGUCCCAGUGGUAAAACAAGUGGAAGUAAAGGUUCCGGUCCCACAACCAGUACCCGGUACGAUAGUAGAAAAAAGGGUGCCCUACCCAGUACAAGUACAGGUACCGGUGCCAGUCUACCAUCCCUACCCGGUGAACGUGACUGUCGAAAAGAGAGUGCCGUAUCCAGUGGCAGUGAGAGUGCUCGUGCCUCAACCGUACCCCGUCGAAACCCGAGUACCCUACCCAGUAGAAGUAAAAGUGAGGGAACCAGUUGAGGUAGUGAAGCACGUGCCGGUCAAAGUGCCGGUCCCGCAACCAUACCCGGUUAAAGUGCCGGUCGCCGUGCCGGUGGAGAAGAGAGUUCCAUAUCCCGUGGAAGUCGAGAAAAAGGUGCCGGUGCCUUAUAAAGUUAUAGUGCCUCAGAAGGUCGAGGUGGAGAAAAAGGUGCCCGUGUACGUGCCGCAGCAUUACCCGGUGGAUAAUAAACCGCUAUAUCCCGUCCAGUUACCGUAUAAUCUGAACCAGAAUACGUACAUGUCCCAGCCGUUCCAUUACAACUACAUCUCAGACGUCGGGGCGUAUACGUCGUACAGCCCGUCGAUGACGGGCAACGACGUGACUAGCACGCCGCACCACACCGUGACGGUCCACGGGAACACCGGGUUCGCAGGAUUCCAGUCGCGUUCAGACAAGACUGAAACGACGUCAGCAGAGAGUUCCGAGUCCACGGAGACCACCGGUGUGACCACCAUGACGACCAAACAGACAGACGUGACGAGUGUUACAAGUGCAACUACCCAUGCCACGACACAAGCUAGUUAA